AUAUAGAAGUAAAUCCCUUCAUCCUUUUUUUUUUCUCAGCUCCUCCUCUCCUUUAUUUGCCUUGCUCUCUCUGCAACUCUCCUUGUGGAUGUGUGAUUCUCCACCAGUACUAUCAGUCUUUUGCUCAAAAGGAAAUCACACUUAAAAGGUUGAAGAGGAAGCACAAAGCUAUAGCUAGCUUGUUGGCCAACCAUGGUUUUCUCUUCUCUUCCUCUCUAUCUAGAUCCACCCAAUUCGAACCAGCAGCAAACACAACGACAGCAAAUUCAUCUGUUAGGGGGCGGUGGAGAGUCUAUCUCCCGCCUGCCGCUUCCAGAGGGCUUGGUCCUGGCAGCCGGAUCGAUCCGGCCGCCCGGGUCCAUGCCGGACCAAGCCCGGCUGGCGAAGAUCCCGCAGCCGGAGCCAGGGCUAAAGUGUCCGCGGUGCGAUUCCAGUCACACCAAAUUCUGCUACUUCAACAACUACUCACUCUCGCAGCCGCGCCACUUCUGCAAGACCUGCCGCCGUUACUGGACGCGCGGCGGCGCCCUCCGAAACAUCCCCGUCGGUGGGGGAUGCCGCCGCAACAAGCGCACAAAGCCCUCCUCCACAGCUACUAAUUCAACCAAGUCAUCCACCGCCGCCGCGGCCAUCCAUUUUGUGGCCUCCUCCUCCACGGCCACCCCCACAGAGCAUCAGCUUCCGUUCAUGUCGUCGUUGCACCCUCUUCCUGACUUUGGUGGCUUCGGAGCCAGUGCCGAACCGCCGGCGAACACAUUGGAUUACCAGUUUGCUACUGCUGCUGAGAAUUUGAGGCUGAAGCAGCUGCCUCAGCUCCCUUUGCUAGGAGGAGGGCAGCUGGAUCAUGCACUGCAACCGCCGCCAGAUCCAGUGCCGGCUGUCUACUCUUUGGAAGGCAGCGGCGGCAGCACGUUCUUAGCCGGAUUGUUUGCGGGACCGUCAGCAGUAAAAAUGGACGACAAGAACAACAACCAACAAAUCUUUACAAAUCUAGCGACAAUGCAGUAUCUCAGCGUUUCGCGCAAUGAUCAAUUAUUUUGGAGCGGAAGUGGUAGCCGCGCCGGUGGCAGAGGGAGUACCAGUAGUGGUAGCGCUGGCGGCGGUGGAUGGCCUUUGGAUCUAUCUGGAUUCAACGACUCUUCCCCGGGCAAUAUAAUCUGAUCAUGAUAACAGAUUAUGAUAUUGAUUAAGUCGUAGAAGCUUAGUUUUUUAGCAAUGGCUUCGAAGAACAUGGAUCUAUAUCUUAUUAAGAAGAAUUAAGAAGUUUAGUUAACUUGUGAUCUAUUGCGAAUUACUACAAGGAUCGAGCCUAAGAAAUGUAGUUAGGUUAAUUUCAGCUCGGUUAAUUAAUUUCGGGUUUCUAUUUGGGUCGGUGUGUAGUAUGCUAUGUAUUUUAGUUUCAUAGAGUGGAAUUCUGUAAAUUAAUGCAUGUGCAUGGGAUUAAUUUGGUUGGAUCAUUUGUAAUUAUGUUCU